AUGUCGUCUUCGUCAUCAUAUGCAUCAUCGUCUUUUGAUUCGUUCGGUUCGGUCGACUAUGACGAUGUCGUUGAAAGUGCGGUUGUUGCCGUCGUUACUUUGGCCAUGUGGGUCACGCAAAAGGAGGAGGAAGAAGAAGAGCAACCGCGACCGCGUUUUACAAGAAGGGUGGUUCUUGUAUGUCGUUGUGCAGAGGCACAAGAGAACUUGAUGCGUGACUACUUCGCGGAUCGACCGACUUACAACCCGAGACAAUUUAGACGUAAGUUUCGCAUACAUAAGGGUUUGUUUUUUAAGAUUGUGGGUGACAUGAAAAGGGAGUUUAGAUAUUUUCAACAAAGAGUGAACGCCGUGGGAAAGCUAGGUUUUACCGCACUUCAAAAGUGUACAACCGCAAUUCGACAACAAGCAUACGACGUGACGAGCGAUUUGCUAGACGAGUAUUUGCAAAUGGCGGAGAGGACCUCACAAGAGGCGCUUGGCCAUUUUUGUAGUGGCCACAGGGGUCUUAAAAUGACAUCAAUGUAUUCAAGUCAUCUCAUGUUCUUGAAGAUCUUAUAUCCGGUUUGGCGCCCUCAGAGAGGGUACUACUUGGGUGAUGGGAUAUACCCCAAGUAUGCUACAUUCAUCAAGACUUUUACCGAUCCGGUUGACGAAAAGUGA